AUGGGUCAAUUCGACUGGUUCAGCAAAAUCGGCGCUACGCCCCAAGCCGUCGCCGUCCUCAACGACCAACCGUACCUGUUCACAAUCCUCAUCGUCGUGCUCCUCAUUCUCAUCCUUCAAGGUGUCUUCAUCUGGUACAUUCACUUCGCCACACUGAAGCCCGAGCAGAAGAAGAAGAAGGAACCAAAGGGUGGCAAGGGUGGAAAGAAGUAG